AUGAGUCUGUCGUUGCACCUAGUUGAGACAGCAUUCUCGGGUCUCAUCCGGUCGCUGGGUCUCAAGUCAAUGGACGAUCUCUCCGCAAGCGGGGAGGUACCUUCCAAGGAUGAACAACCACCAGCCGCCCUACUCGCAGCUACGGAUCAGGGCUCAGCCGUCGACUGUCUUGUGGGCCUAUUUGAGCUUACACGUUUCUUCAUUGAUGCAGUUGCACUAGCGGACCCGCAGCACAUUUUCUCAGCUGACCUCCUCGAGGCGCAGCCUGCAGCCUCGUCUGCAAGAGAGGACUUUCUGUGCUUUCUCAUACGCCGAGUGGUAUUCACGUUGCUGGACUUCAGCCUGCGUUGGGAGCCCGCCCAGAUGUCGAAGCGGUGGAUCAGCCGAGACCAGUUCUUUGCGGCUGUCUUUGACCAGGUUGAAGACUCCUUCUCCUCACCCCCUGGACACCUUGACAGCAUUGUUAUUCGGGCCUUUUGGUGCUGCAACUCCCCUCGCAGUUUGGGUGAUACGACUUCGUUCAGGCCUGAUCUCAGUGGUUUUGAUGAUUCCGCCGAUGUUCGCCGUGUGCGCCUCAAAGAAAAAGACGGGGGGAUUUCGGGACGCAGGUGUCUUGCGCUGCAUCUGCCCCACACACUCGCUCUCUUUCGUCAUCCUCCUGGGCUCCCGUUUUAUGAUAGAGUCAUUGCGGCGUGA